CUGUGUUGCCUUUUUCGUCGAGGCGCACCAGCUAUCGCACCUUCUGUAUCUCUCUCUGUAUAGGCCUAUAGGUUGCCAUCCGCUGACAGAAUGGGCAUGUCUGUGAUCUCCUCCGCCUAUACCUCAUCCCAAAUGGUGAAGGAUCUCUUGUCCACACGAUACGGGCCACCUCAUCCCUCCACCGGCCGUCGAUACGUAUUACCUUAUUGUCAACGUCUCUCAGACUCUUGGGAGAAAGCUUUGCCUCGAUGUAACAUCCGUCGCAACUAGAACUAAACUCUUCGGCAAGCAUCUCUCGACCUAGGAACCAGAAGCUCAUUCACAAUGUCCUCGGAGAGAGGCCCAGACACCAUCGAUGCUCGUGUCGUCCAGACACUCAGCCGCCAAUUCCCGGAUUGGCACGACACUCCCAACGACGGCAGUGUCAAAUCUUUUUCAGCUGGUAAAGAUUGUGCCGAAUUUUUGCUGGCCUCUAACUGGAUACUGCGCCCGCAAGGAAUCAAACAUUUCUUCACCGAGCUCCAAGAGCAUACAAAAGGAGUUCAGGUCACCUACGACUUAGAUACCGCAUCCGCCAAGAUCAGAUGCUCAACCUCGGACGAGAAGGCCGUAAUGGAGGCAUCCCAGCUCAUCAUGGAUCGCAUGGCGAGCGGUGAGAUUGCUGAUGGCCUGGUCUCUGGCGAGAAAAUCACCCCCUCGAAGAAGUCGCGUGCCGGCAUCUCUAAUCAGAAAAGCCGAAAUAUGUGUGCCGCGGCCCUAUUCCCUGAAGACAUCAGAGGGUUCGCGUUCCAGACUGCGUGGACCCUACCAGAUAACCAAAUCAUGAGUGGCACGAGAAUGGGGGAAUUUAUCCCUGGCAAGCAACUGUCCCAGUUGCGAGACAUCACGGGCUGUACCAUGAUUAUUGGUAACGACGAACCCGUCAUGUACAUCGGGGCUGAUUCGCUGGAGAAAAUCGCCGUCGCUGAGCGUAAGCUCAAUACGAUGGCUAAAUAUUCGGUACGACUCCCUGGAGUCGAAGCUAUCUGCGAGAAUUUUGUCUACACCGAAGAUGAGCAGGGCAAUAACUGUACGUUCACCCGCCUGGAUGACGGUAAUAGAUCGCAUCUCAGGACGUUUCUCUUGGACCGCUCCAAGUAUCGGUUGACCCGAGACUAUUCUGCGUACUCGAGGAUAUCAAGGGGGGUUGUUGUUGUUAGUUUGGUGCGUGACGAGUCGGGCCAAGUGAUCUCCAAGCCCGCAUUCAUCCAGCCAGCAAUCUCCAGAGAUGAUAGAGGCAAACCGUACGCGGCCUUUUCAAAACCGACUGGAUGGAACUACCAGUCCAAGCCCAGACAUGUGGCGAUGGAGCCUGGCGAUACGCCAUCACCCGAAAUUGUCACCUUUCGUCACGCAAGCAAUUCACAUGUAACCUCCUGGGUUAGACAAUUACCUGCGCCCAAGUUGAUGUUGUCCCACGAGGAGGCGAGCAAACCUCCUCAGCCAGAUCCAGCGUUCGCGCCUAGCCAGCACGAACCCUCGAAUUCAGCGUCGCGAAGAAACUCCGGGAUCGUAUCCACCCGAGGUAGCAGUCGAGGCAUCAGCCGCAGCGGUGAGGAGGGAGGUCGGAAGGUUUCCGAGGCGCGCAACCCGGCCCCGAAGCAAUAUCCGGAAUCUGACCAGAGGGGGGAGAUCACAUCACGGGGAAACGGGGCAGAUCGCCGGCAGGCUGAGACAGGUAGAAAGCCAGCUCGCCGUCUUGAUGCCAACUCGAGCCACUCGUCCCGCCGAGGCCACUAUUCCCGCAUAACCCAACAGCGGCGUCCGAGUACGCGGCCAGACACGGAUCGAACCGUCAAGGGGAACCAGCAGACCGUUCGAGCUACGCCUCUCCCCCAGAGAGACAGCGUGUCCAGCGGCAGAGCCCAACCGCAUGCCCCCGUGUCAUCAAAAGACGAAAGGCUUCGGUACCGACACGAUGGAGGCCCUCACAAUCACUCAGUGCCCUCUCCGCAGGUGGGGCAGCUCAUUCCGAUAGGAUCGGACUCUGACGAGGCUGGCGACGUCGAUGAAUCGAAAGAGUCGGAGGAAGGCGUCGACAAGAUGAGCGAGGAGAUUGCGAGACUGAAGUUAGGUGAGGAAAAACAAGCUCAAGAGCCACAGCUGCGUAAACAGGAUCGGGAGCGAGCUGUUCUAUCGGGUACAGACGAACUAGUUCAGGAGCCCCUGUCUCAACCUACUCAAGCCAAACAGACCCCAGAGGAUCCUUUCAUGGCUUUAUUCAAUACAGCACGUCUUCGUGUUGGUCUUUCCAGGACCAUGGGCGAAGAGGGAUCACCUAUUUUCCGCAGCACCAUGAGACAACAGGCAGGUUCCCGUCCUAUUCCCGGAAGUGCUUCCCAAGGCCGCCCGGGCGUUGAGCCGCGGGGUCCGGGUACGUCAUUCGUGGAAACAAUAAACGAAAAACUCAUCAAUAUUAUGAAUACGCUGCGCUUAUAUGCCGGUAACGUGACCCUGAAGGCGGAGCUUGGACGCCUCUGUGCUACGAGGGUUGAUACGAAUCUGGUGCAGCGACAAGACCGUCAGUCUGGAGACCAAGUGAAGUCGUUGCAGGUUAUUAAAGAGGUUCUCGACAAAAGCCAUGUCAAGCCUCGAGACAUUAUGUUUACUAACAUUCUCACCACGGAGGGCGCCGAUGCUGACUAUCUCGCACGUAUCACUAAUCAGUUCGGGGAUAAAAUCUGGUCGUCGGUGUCCCGUCACACCGUCUACGAGGUUUACUGCUACGCCCAAGCAACGGAUGGUAGACCAUACAGGUUCGCCGUGGAGAUCGAUGGGAGGGGCUUCACAAGCCAAGUCAAGCCGAUAGUUCCCGAACCCGAUUUUCUCUUCAUCCACUGUCCCAAGCGAUCAUGGGAUUUCCAAAUUACCCUCAAAAAGUGUAAAGACCUAGGAAAACAAUACCGAAACUUCGCAGAUGAUCUUGUCGAUUGCAUGCAGGUGAUCCCACAGAAGACUGGUAUUCCUAUCUUAGAGUUUCUCAUCAAGAGGCCAUGGCAAGUAGAGAUACUACUCGCCCGAACCCGCAACAUAGCAGAGUAUAAGAAGCUCAGCUCGAACGCCUCUUCAUGCAUCCUAGAGAUAUCCGAGAUCCACGACAUGAAACCGACGGCUGUCACACACACAGAGAGUGAUAAGACGAUCAAGUUCGAGCAGUACGCCGGAAACCGCGCCCUCGGCCACCCACCGACAUGGUACGAGGCUGCAGUACGGUCGACGAUAGUUGAGGACGCGCUCAUGCAGAACCAGAACCUCGAAUUUGGCGACGAGGUCACCUGGUCGUCUAAGCAGCUGCGAGAGGUAGGCGCGUUUACCGACAUGGUCUCCUCUGCUACAGAGAUGGUCCAGAAUAUGGAUGGUGUCGGAUACUGGAACGACAAUCUCCAGGACACGAAAGCUGACGACUCAUCCCACCCUGUAGAUUCUUCGCUUUCGGAGACAAUCAUAUGGUAAUUCCACGUCACCGCUAGGCCGGGUACCUGGUUGUCGUCGUGGCUGGCUGCGGGUAGGCUUUCGGGGCUAUAGCUACGAAACUAGGCCGGGAUAUCGAGUCCACUGUAUGGCUCCCCUUUCGAAUUAACAAAGCAUUCAUGCGGCGCCAGGUUUAUUCUUGCGAAACAUCCUAGUUUCUACCAUAGAGGAAAACGCCGCACAUUUACCGGCAGGGCUGAAACCAUUCACAGGGGACUAUUCGACAGGGUUGUAGACUCGUAGACCGCGAAUAGAGAGCUGUCCUAGCCGCGCCGUGGCGUAACUGUGGACCUAGGGAAUGAUAUUCAUUCGUGGAAAUAGCUUUGGACAGUACAGUAGUCAGGUCAGGCCUGAUGACUUUGUAAUUUUUCGGUGAUGAUCUUGGUGGUGUGAUGAAUGAUAAUAAUCUACCUGCCGCGGCUGAGUGUCCAUUCUAAUAGGGGGUGU